AUAAUUGUUUUUAGAUAUGUAUUAUUGUUAUUAAUGGUGUUAGUAAGAGUUGCUUUUUUUACGCUUAUAGAACGAAAAGUCCUUGGUUAUAUUCAUCUUCGAAAGGGACCAAAUAAGGUAGGUUAUGCUGGAAUUUUUCAACCUUUUGCAGAUGUUAUUAAGCUUUUUGUGAAAGAAAGAAAUAUGAUAAAGUUUAUAAAUUUGUUUUUAUAUUUAUUUAUUCCUGUUCUUUCUUUAAUUUUGAUACUUUUAUUUUGGGUAUUGUUUUUUUGAAAUAAAAAUCAAAUUGAAAUAGAAUAUAGAUUGAUUUAUUUUUUAUGUAUCUCUAGACUUGGGGUAUAUGUGAUUUUAAUUGGAGGUUGAGCCUCUAAUUCUAAGUAUGCAUUAUUAGGUUCAUUUCGAGGGUUGGCUCAAGUUAUUUCAUAUGAGGUUAGAUUAGCAAUAAUUUUGAUUAGAGUUAUUUAUUUGGUUGGCAGAUAUAAUUUGUUUUUUAUAGGAGAUUUUCAAAAAGUGUAUUGGUUAAUUUGAGGGAUGUUUGGGUUAUUUAUUAUAUGGAUUAUUUCUUGUUUAGCGGAGACUAAUCGUAGACCCUUUGAUUUGUCUGAAGGGGAGUCAGAAUUAGUUUCAGGUUUUAAUAUUGAAUAUGGAUCGUAUGGGUUUGCUGUUUUAUUUAUGUCUGAGUAUGGUAACAUUAUUUUUAUAAGAAUAAUUAGUUCAAUUAUAUUUAUUGGAGGGUUAGGAUUUAUAUGUAUUGGUUUAUUAUUAAUGAUAUAUUUAUAUUUAUUGGUUCGUGGAACUCUAGUACGGGUUCGGUAUGAUUUGUUAAUAAUGAUGGCUUGGAAGGUUAUUUUACCUGUGAGUAUUUUUUUGUUAUAUAUUUUUUUUUUUAUUAAGAUGUUUUAUUGUUAUUUUAUUUGGGUCAAAAAUAGAAUAGACAUUUAG